GUAGCUUUUAGCCAUCUUGAAAGUUCCAACCUUUGAAAGAAAAUCCUAGAAUUUCAUUUUAUCUUGACUUCAAUUUUUAAUUUCAUUUUUAAACGCACAUUUCCAGAUUCUUCCACCUCAUGAUCCUCCCCUAACACCGCCUUCACAAAUCACAAGAACUUUCGUUUCGCUUUCUCUCUCCUUAAAACCCACCAAAUUCUCUCUCUUUUUACAGGAAAACACAAACCCAAUUACCCAGGAAAACCCGAUUAAACCCCCUGAUUUUCUCUCUCAUUAAAAACAAGCAAGAAACUUAGAAAUCAUGUGGCAAUCUGGGAAAAAUGAUCUUGAAGGAGGAUCAACACAACUUUAUCCUGUGAUGCUUGAAGACCCAAGACUUCGAUGGAGUUUUAUUCGAAAAGUUUACUCAAUUAUCGCAGUACAAUUGCUUGCUACCAUUGUUGUUGGUGCUAUUGUUGUUUCGUAUAAACCAAUUGCUCAUUUCUUUACUUCUAGUAGUGGUGGUCUUGCUUGUUAUAUCAUUCUCAUCAUUACCCCUUUUAUUGUGCUAUGUCCAUUGUACUACUAUCAUCAAAGUCACCCGGUGAAUUAUUUGCUGCUUGGGAUCUUUACUAUCUCGCUUGCCUUUUCCAUUGGGCUGACAUGUGCAUUCACUAGUGGGAAAGUUAUUUUGGAGUCUGUGAUUUUGACGACUGCAGUGGUUCUAAGUCUCACUGCGUACACAUUCUGGGCAGCAAAGAGAGGCCAUGACUUCAAUUUCCUUGGUCCCUUCUUGUUCGGGGCUUUGAUUGUGCUGAUCAUAUUCUCUUUGAUUCAGAUAUUCUUUCCAUUGGGCAAGAUUGGUGUGAUGAUCUAUGGUUGUGUGGCAUCCAUCAUCUUCUGUGGCUACAUUGUUUAUGACACAGACAACCUCAUCAAGCGAUACACCUAUGAUGAGUAUAUAUGGGCUGCUGUGGCAUUGUAUCUCGACAUUAUCAACCUCUUCCUUUCUCUGCUGACAGUUUUCAGAGCUGCUGACAGUUAGGCGAGAGAACUUUAAACUUUUGCCAUUGUGCCUAUUAAAAAAAAAUGUUAACCACUUUGUAAGUACAUAGCUAUUUUGUUAUUCUAGCAGGAGAAAAAUUGUACACGAAUUUCUUUUCCAAUUUAUACUGUUGUCAUUUUAUGUUGUAUAAAAUGCAUUCAAUUGUGAAGCAAGUUCAUCUUGUCUUUUUGAUGCAUUGUGUUAUUUUUAGGCCUUUACUAAGGAAAGGGCGUUAAUAAAGGAUGUAUUUUGUCGAUGUUGGUAAUGCCAGAUUUGGUAGAUGGUGUCACUGAAAGGGAAACGCUGUUGGACAAUUGCUAGCAGCCUAGUAUUGUGUGUUUUUUAUGCUUUUA